UCGGCCCCUGGAGCUUGUUUGAUCUUGUGCGUCCUGGCUCGUUUGCUUGAGGACGUGUAUAGCGUCGGGAAUAUUCAAGAGACGUCCGAGAGGCUGAGUCCGGUUCCUUCGAGUGCGGCGUCUGUUACUCCAAACCAUCUCGUUUUUACAGAUGCCUACUCAGGGGGUCACCGGCUUGCAGAAGUAUUUAAGGGCAGCGUAGAUCACUUCCUAUCCUGCAACAUGGUCGGUGACAGGCAGCUAAUCAAGCGAGUCCUUUCAUUUAUUCCCAUCCGUCUAGUGCAUCGAGUAAACAAGCACCAAAUGGACCACGUAGUGCACCAGUGUACACAGCGGCCGCGCAACGUUGAAGGCUCCUAUUUCGCGCAACUUUUGGACAAGCGACUUCAAGGAAUCCUAACAUUUCCAGGGACCAAGUGGUGUGGCGCCGGUAACGUGGCCAAAAACUACAAGGACCUAGGAGAGGCCCCAGAUGCAGACGCAUGCUGCCGCGACCACGACUUCGCUACGGAGAGCAUACCACCCCACAAGUCAAGUCAUGGCCUGCAGAACAAGCUUUUUUAUACAAUGACGAGAUGCGACGCAGAUAAACUGUUGUUCAACUGUCUCGCGAAAGCUACAAGUGUUACUGCUCUUUCUGUCGGUGUCACCUAUUUUGACAUACUUAGGACGAAGUGCUACAUGUUCGGUCGUCCAACAAAAUGCGUCGACAAAGAAAGGUUGCGAACGCCAAAUCUGAAGGGACCGUGCAAGAAAUUCAAGGUAGACAUUUUGAAGCUUAAGAAAUGGCGAAUUUACGACCCACCUAACUUCUUUGCGGCCUUCUUUAAGGCGAAAGCAAGAAGGAAGAACGCAGGCGUGUUAUGGACUUCUGAAGAGUAAAAUAUAAGGAAUGAAAUAUUCUCAUCGUGGGAAAGCACUCAUAGAAAAG